CCAUAACCAAUGUGUUCUAUUAACAGUUGCACACAUGAUUGAGACAUUGCUCGAGUAUUUGCAAUACACUGGCAUUUGAUGAUUGCUUUAGCAAUUACCUUUGCUGUCCUGUAUUUUGUACAGACAUUUCCCAGACUCCAGUCCAGAGACAUGACAUGAACUGGACUGUGGACUAGAUUGCUAACUCGCUAACGUUAGACCAUUAACGUGCCUUUGAAUGAUCGAAUUUGUAACUAACUUUAACGUCUCGAGCUGUAUUCAAAACGUUAAUUCAUGACCACGAUUACCUUUUUUUGAUGUUACUGAUCAAAUUGCUUUACCCACUAACGUUAGCAAGUUAUCUGCCCACCUAGCUGGCUUGAAGAUUGAAAGGUGAAUGGAGGCAACACAGCUGAUCGAUGACUCAAUAUUGGAAGAGUCAGAGGAGGAGGAGGAUGGAGAGAAGCGAGGAGAGCCACUGGCCAAACUCAGGGUGUUAAAAAAUAAACACAUCACAGAGACUGAGUUGCCUCUCUACCAGGGAGAAAAUGUGUUAGGUCGAAACCCAGACUCCUGCUCCCUGCCCCUUGUGGCCCGCUCCGUAUCCAAGCAACACACCAUCAUCUCCAUCUCAAUGUUUCGCGGCAACCGUCGUCACGGCAACGUUGCCGCCAUGGAGACAGAGGCUUUAGUGUGGGACCUGGGCAGCAUGAACGGGACAAGGAAGGGCCGGACCAAACUGACCCCUCACGUCCGCUACGCUCUGACCGAGGGAGAGUGUGUGGUAAUAGCUGACAUCCCCUGCCAGUAUGUCUCUGUGGACCAGAGGGGGGGACAGGGGCACAUGCAGAACCCGACAAACGCACACUCUGGAAGGGGAAGGAGGUCAGGGCCAGACAGGAAGGCCCAGCUCAGAGGAAGCCCUAGCGGCCAAGGUCUGGGACGAGAGACUGGCACACCGAAGACUGAGGGUAGAGGAGUUAAUGGAGAGAUUGGGGCACCAUCGUUAACUGAGCUGGGUGGAAAGGGUAAAAAUCUGGCCAAACCCCUGUCAUUUGAACAAACCCCCACACAGCCUGAGAGGACACUGGUGCCUGAGUCUGACUCCGAUGGAGAGCAAGAGGGGCGGAGAGACAAAUGGGGAAAGUUCUUUGUCUCUGAUUCUGACUCACACAUGUCCAGUCCCACCUGUUCUACAUUCCUCAGUCCUACAACCAAAGUCAUUCCAGAGAGUGAGGACGAGAGCCCCAUCACUCCCUCCUCCUCUGCUAAAAACAGACCCAAGAAAAUAGUGAGCUUCAGUGAGGAGGAGAGCGACAUGGAUGGACCGAGACAGCAGCCCAGGAGAAGAAGAGCUCAAGUGAUAGUGGACGACAGCGAAGAAGAGGAGGAGGGGAAGGAAGGCACAGAGGCACUAGGAGAGAAGGAAACUGGCAAAAGGACAAGAGGAAAGGAGGAUGUGUCAGUGGUGAACCAGGUCAGUCAAGCUGAGAGAGAUCGAUUAACCCCCUCUGCACCAAUGGUGUCUACAGGGGACACGUUUAACAUGGACAGUGACACAGACGUAGAGGGAGAGGAGGAGAUGGGGCUGUCUGCACCUGUAAAUGCUGUUAAGCCACCAGCCGCAACAGAACCUCCUACUACAGACUCUGACCCAGGCCAGAUCCACAUGGACAGUGAUACUGAUGUAGAGGAAGGGGAUACUAUGGACGGUGACGUUAAGUUAAUGCUAACUGCUGCCGAUGUGGAGAGGAAACCAGUAGAUUCUGUCCCAGUGGUGCAGCCAACAGAGAUACACCUGGACAGUGAUACAGAUGUGGAUGAUGAUGAUGAUGUGUCAGACAGUGCUACCAAUGUUACCUCCUUCGUAUCCGAUCCGGCUGAGAAACCAGACGAUCCUGCCCCUGCAGUACCACCCGUAGAAUUCCACCUAGACACUGACACAGAUGUGGAAGAGGAGGACACAGACACACAUUCCAAAACAGUUCCAGAAUCAGAUUCUAGUGGGAUCAGAACAGGGAUUGCUGGUCCCCAGGAGAUCCUAUUGGACAGUGAUACUGAUGAAGAAGACAGCCCGUUUACCCCUCCGGCUAGCAGCAGAACAGCGGAGCUCCUUAAUCCACCCACCAGUGUAGGACCUGCAGCUGCUGCUCCUCUGGAGAUCAGGUCUGACAGCGACACUGACUUAGAGGAAGACUCCACACAGACCAUGAACCUUCCUCCUCCUAAUGUCACCACGGUAACGGAGGAUGCGGUGUUAGCGUCGCGACAGGCCGUGCUUCCAUCACCCACAAUUACAACAACAACCGGUGCUGUUACCAAGACAAUCGCUCUCAGGUCUCAGGACUCUGAUGCUGACACAGAUGCUGAGGAGGAGAGGUUGGAGCCCAAACCCCGGAGUCGGCCCCCAGCAGGGAUGGUCCCGGAGUCGGCCCCCAGUAGGGAUGGUGUCGGCCCCCAGCAGGGAUGGUCCCGGUGUCGGCCCCCAGCAGGGAUGGUCCCGGAGUCGGACCUCAGUGAGCCCAGUGACUUCAGGAUGGACAGCGAUACAGAAGAGGAUGGACCAGGAGAGGCAGGCCAGGGACAGACUGCAUGUCGGCUCAGAGAGGGGGCAGUUGGCCCUGGGCUGCCCCCCCUGGGGGGUUCCCCUGGCCCUCAUCAGAAGUGCUCCACCCCUUUGGCAUCGUCAGUACAGGAGGAGAUGGAGACUCAGGCCUUCUUCUGUCCCUCUGACCCCUUCAGACGCCCAGCUCUCCCUCCUGUGCUGAGGCCUACAGCAGCAUUGUCCUGCUCUGCAUCAGACAGCCAGGAGGACGAUGACUUUGUGGUGGCCGAGACCCAGUCAUUUGUGUUGGAGGCCCAGAACCAGGGCCAUCAGAGCAGCCUUCCAGUGGAACCAACCCUGGAUGCUACGCAGCCCUACGGUUUGGAGCCUUCCUUGGGGGAGGACCGGGAGGAGCAGCCCAGCCGAGGCUCCUCCCAGCUGGGUCUGUCAGACAGCAGCCACCUCCAGGCCAGGGACCAGGCCUCAGAGAGCACCCAGGCAUUCAGCUUCCCAGGUGGGGAUUCUGACCUGGAGGCCACCCAGACCUAUGGAUCUGGAGGGGGGAGAGAGGAGCCUGGCCUGGGCCAGAGGUCUGCGGUGUUCGGGAGGAACAGGCAGGUGGACUUUGUCCUGGAGGCAACACAGGCUUAUGCUGCCCAGCCUCGCAGUGACACAGAGGAGGAAGAUGAAGAGGAGACCCCCAAUGUUGCUACGACUGAAACCCUGCCCAUGUCUGCCUAUGAGGAAGAGGACGGUGAGGAGGAGGAAGAUUUGGUUGGGGCCAUGCCCCUGACCCCAGUAAGGAGAGGGAGAUCUGGAGGAGCAAGGGAGAGAGAGGAAGAGGAGCAGGAGACCCAGACUGGUGAGGUUCUGACCAACCAAUACCUCUCCACAGCUCAAACUCUGGACACGGUCCAGGAGAGUGAUGAUGAGGAAGAAGCCAAACCAGACUCGCCCAGAAGAAGACGGACCCAAAAACAGACAGUAGACGAGGAAGAGAGACAGACUGUCGGCUCCUACCUCUCCACUGCUGAAACCCAGCCCAUGUUUACUGCUGUUGCUGCUGAGGAUGAUGAUGAUAAUGAGGAGGAAGAACUCAAACCUCCAUCACCCAGAAGGAGGGGAAGGUCCCAGAGAGGGAGAGUAGAAGAGGAGGAGACACAACCUAGUGAGUUCCUCACCAGCUCCCACAUCUCCACCGCUGAAACUCAGCCUAUGGGUACUUGUGACACUGAGGAAGAGGAGGAGGAGGACACCAAAGCUAAAGGACGGGCUCAGAGAGAGCGAGGGAAAGAGUCUGAGGCUGGGACAAGCGGAGUCAGCAGUAGAGGUAGAAGAGGAGCUAGAGGAGGAGAGGAGGAGAGCUCUGAGACUCUGAAAACGCAGAUGAGAGGGAAGGGGAAGGCUGUGAACACCGCAGGAGGCGGAGGGAGGAGAGAGGUGUUGCCUGAGGAGGAAGAGAGUGAGAAAGAAGAAGAGGCGGAGGUGGUUGAGCAAGGGAGGAGGGGAAGAGGAAGAAAGAGUGUGAAACAACAGAAAGAGGGAGAAAAAGAAAGACUUGAGGAAGAGGGAAUAGAGAAGGAAAGACAAGAACAGCCUGAGAAGGAACGGUUGCAGAAGGGAAAAGUAGAAUCAGAAAGGGUUAUGAAGGAACAACAGGACAGAGAGAGGAUGGAACAGGAACUUAAAGAACAAGAUGAGAGAUUAGAGAGUGUGGAAAGAGAAGAAACAGAAAGGAUAGAGAGGGAGAAAAGAGAAGAAACAGAAAGGAUGGAGAGAAGGAUGGAGAGGGAGAAAACAGAACAGGAGAAAACAGAACAGGAGAAAACAGAACAGGAGAAAACAGAACAGGAGAAAACAGAACAGGAGAAAAGAGAGCGGCUUGAGAGGGAAAGGAAGGAACGAGAAGAGCAAGAAAGACUGCAGUGCGAGAGGACAAAAAGAGAAAAGAAGGAGAGAUUAGAGGAAGAAAAAGAAAGAAUAGAGCGGGAGAGGAAAGAAAUAGAAGAGAGGAACAGACUGGAGAGGGAGGAAAAAGGGAAGCAAGAACAAUUGGAGAGAGAAAGGGUGGAGAAAGAGAGGAUAGAGGGAGAACAAGCAGAAAAGCAAAGAUCGGAGAAAGAAAAAAUGGAAAGGGAAGAGAAGAGAAAACAGGAGAGAGAACUAUUGAAGAAGAAAAAGGAAGAGAAGGAGAGAAACCUGAAAGAAAAACUGGAGAGGGAGAAGAAGGAAAGAGAAAAGAGGGAAGUCGAGGAGAAAGAAAAGGAGAUAAAAGAACGACAGGCGAAGGAACAAGGAGAAAAACAAGCCAAGAAAGACGACGAAAAUGAGCUAAAAACAUCCAGGAGAGGUCGCAGAGCAACAACCAGGAGAACCGUCACGGUUCCACCCACAACGGAACCACAACCUGAACUUAAUAUUCUGUCCAGCACACCAGAACCAGUCCCAGCUAGUAUAACUAGGUCUCGCUCCAACUCUUCCAACUCUGUCAGCUCUGAGAGAUCCAGCAUAGACACCCUGGGGAGCAGAGGGAGAGGGGGCAGGAAGACCACCAGCACCACAGAGCCAGCCCCGGGUCCAGACAACCCCACCCGCAACAGCACCAGGAGAAGGACGUUGGUCGGGACGGUUGUGGCUCCCCCUGCUGCUGUGGAGGUCACAGUGCAGGACAUUCUCUCCAGCGAACAGUUUGUUGCCAGGAGAACCCGCUCUAGCUCCACCAACUCCCACAGCUCCACCAACUCGGAGGUCUCCACCUGUAUCGUGGAUAGCGUGAGCUCUCAGAGCAAAGGGAGGGGAGGAGGCAGAAGGAGGAAGACUGGAACAGAGUCUGUCUCCCCCAGUAACAGGCAGAGUGAGCAGCCUCCAGCCCACAAGCCCACAGCCAGAGGCAGGAGAAGCCAGAAGGUUGAGGAUGAUAGUCCACACCCUGUUAUUAAUGAGAAGGCUGAUUCUCAGGAGGCUGGUGGUACCAUUAGAGGGCAGAAUAAAACUGCCAAAACCAAUGAGCCAGACCCUGUAGUAGCAGAUGAAGAAACCACUCCAGCCCAGGUAACAGAGGACUCCCCCGCUCCUAGAGGGAAUGGAAGAGGCCGGGGCCGAGCCGGCCAGAAAGACAACACACCUGAAUCCACCACUACAACAUUAGGAGGGGACACUCCAAGUGAAGAGGGAGUGGAGUCUAAAACAGGUGGGAGAGGGAAAGGGAGGAAGAGGGGGCUGGAAGAGGAGGAGGAGAACAGUGGGUUCAAGGUUCCCCGGAGGAAAGCUAAGGUUCAGAGGGGAGGGAGAUGCAGGGCUGUAGAGGAGGAAGGAGAGAAAGAGGAGAAACCUGCAUCCACUCCAGCAAAGAGGGGCAGAGCCUCCACUGCACAGGUGAAAAAGAUAGCAGAGGAGGAGAAGAGUAUGGAGAGACAGAGUGAGAAGAUGGAAGAGGAAGAGGCUGGUGCUGUGCAGAGGAAAGUCCGAGGCAGGCAGUUGACGGUUCAGAUAAAGAAAAAAGAGGAACCUGUUUUGGACUCUGUGGUGCCCCAGACCCCUACAGGUAAGGGUAGAGGUAAACGUAGGGCCCCUGUGGAAUCAUCACCACUAGCCAGGACCCCUCGCUCCUCCUCUGCCUCUCCCCUGUCCUCCCUCUCCUCCCCUGGGACACUGGGCCCAGCAAGGGCCGCCACACAGUCCUACAAGGUGUUGUUUACAGGAGUGGUGGAUGAGGAGGGGGGGAAGGUGGUGUCUUGUCUGGGGGGCAGCCUGGCGAAGGGCGUGGCUGACAUGACCCACCUGGUGACUGACCGGGUCCGACGCACCGUCAAGUUCCUGUGUGCUGUGGCCCGCGGCGUGCCCGUCGUCACCACCGAUUGGCUGGAUAAGUGUGGUAAGGUGGGUCGUUUCCUACCUACUGACAGGUACCUGGUGAAGGAUAGGGAGCAGGAGAACAAGUUCAGCUUCUGUCUGGAGGAAUCACUGAGGACCGCCAGCACCCAACCUCUACUACAGGGCUAUGAGGUCCAUGUGACCGGGUCAGUGUUACCAGAGCCAGCCCAGAUGAAGGACAUCAUCGUCUGUAGCGGAGCUCGCUUCCUCUCCACGAUGCCCUCCACUCAGAAGGCCCAGGCCCGGACCCUAGUGAUAUCGUGUGGGGAGGACUGGUCUCUCUGUGCUCCUGCUCGCUCUGCUUCUCUCCACGUCCUCAGUGCUGAGUUCCUGCUAACUGGUAUAUUACAGCAGAGAGUGGACCUGGUAACCCAUGUCCUCUCAGCCCCCAAACCCAGGGCCCAGCCAGGAGCCAAAGGCCAGGCCAGGGGGAGGAAGAUAAUGUAACAAAGACCAAACUCACCUGGGUGGUAUUCAUUAGUGCAUACUGUAGCAAAACCAUAUGCAACAGAAAACAAACACUAGUGUUUCUUAUUGGACAUGUUCAGGUAAUCCCUCCCUGUUUUAGUCUGUUUUCUACCGUCAGGUUAAUAUGACCCUGUCUACAAGGCCAGGGAGAAGGCAUUACGGUUCCAGAGAAGACCACAGACAGACGUGUGUGUGUGUGUGUGUGUGUGUGUGUGUGUGUGUGUGUGUGUGUGUGUGUGUGUGUGUGUGUGUGUGUGUGUGUGAUUGCAUAGCAUGCAACACCCACCUCCACCUGUAUAGAGAACAGUAGCAGGACCAGGCCUCAGAGGAGUGGUAACUACAGUACUACUACCCUGGAGGGGCUGGAGACCAUUAGACACCUGAGAGAGGGGAGGAUUGGGAUGUACAAGAGACAGUGGCAGCAUCCCAAAUGGGACCCUAUUACUUACUUUUGACAAAGAGCCCUGCACUAUGUAGGGAAUAGAGUGCUAUUUGGGACACAGGCGUGAAAGGCUGGUGAGAGGAGACAUCCACCUGUAUGACCAACUAGACUAGAUAGUUGAGAAUGUAUUCACUCUGAUAAGAAGACAAACAAACCCAAGAGAUGGAAAUCUAUUCCUAUGUUUAUGAGGGUAGAGAGAAAAUACAUGCAGAGAAAUGCUCUGAAUAUAUUUGUGUUCAUAAAAAAUGAUAUAAAUAUGAGUUAACAUAGAGGAGACGGAGGAAUAGAUGAGAUCAUUUACUGCCUAUCCCAGUCAUUUAUUUAAUACUCUUCCUCUUUUCCUGUCUUUCCUCCCUCUCCUGAUCUUUUAUCUAUACUGAUUAAAAGCCAUCCUCUCGCCUUUUGUAUAAAGAUAACAAAUAUAUAUAUUAGUGCCUAUUUUACGAGGAUAGUGUUGAAUAUACCAGGUGUCUGUCUUCACCAGCUGUGAUUGCUGAAGGGACACGUCUUCAAUCUUAGAAAAAGGACCGAACUGAUUGUCUUAAUGCUGCUCGUCCAUUUACAUCUUUGUAUGUCUAGGAGUUAUGUGUCUUUAUUUACCGACCAAUAAACCUUUUGUACUGAA